AUGGCGGGAGGAAAUAAGAAAUUGAGCUUAGACGAGCUGCUGGACCUACUGGAGGAACGAGGGGAGGAAUGCGAACAACUCGCGGAUGUAGAAAACAGACUACGCUGUUUGGAUCUACUGGAGCAAGAGAAAGAGAGAGGCGGUAGGCGCUGGCAACCGAAUGGGACAGGUAGUAACACCCAAGGAGGAGGCCGGGAUGGUUUCAACGGAGCCGGGAGCUCGCAGAACAGGGGCAAUGAGCGACUUAGCAAUCGCCAGCGGCAGAUCAAUUAUACACGAAAUAACGAGGCCCAAGAUUACAGACAGCAGCCAGGUGGGAACAGUAGCAGCACCAACAACUACAAUUACAAUAACAAUCGUAACUACAGGGAAAACGCUAAUAGGGGAAACGAGCGACAACAAAAUAACGGGAACUACGGAAGCCAGUCUGGGGGCGGCUGGCCUAAUCAGGGUAGAAACCUUGACAGCAACCAAACCAACCAACAUAAUAAUAACGAUCGCUACCGAGGUUCACAGGGAGCGCGUUGGAACGGGUACAUACACCAAACCGAAUCACAAGAUUGGCGGGUUGCCGCUCGGAAUAACAACCAGCAAAGCAAUCGAAAUAGUUACUAUAAUGAUGGGUAUGACAACAAUCGAUAUAAUGACCGCCAGUAUCACCACCAUGAUGAUGGUUUUAAUUACGGCAGCAAUAGAGGAAGAUCUCCCGAGCGCGGAAAUUACAAUAAUAAUAAUGGUAGAUAUAAUGAUGCGUACGAUCGCCAAUCUCGAAGCCGAGGCUACGAGCGCUACCAACAAUCAAAAAACUAG